AGUGCCAGUCCGGGAGAGCAUGCAUAUGCUACCUAAAAGAGCAAGAUAGGUGACGCCACUUCUUGAGUUGCAUGCAAAGGCAUUAAAUAUUCGUGAGAUAAUUUAGGAGCCGCAAUAAUUUUAGCUGUUGCUUUGAAUUCUUUGGAUGUCGAUUCUCAGUAAUCAGAAGCCUAUCAUCAACAUUAUUUAAACAAGUAACCUUGACUUGAAAUAAAUAAUUUAAGUAGCAGGGCUCAACUGCCUCAAACCAGUUUCUCUUUAGGGCUUGCUGGCAGUUUAACUCCUUGCACAAGUGGUAGGGCCUACAGAUAAAGAGAGGAAAAGGUGAGCAUGCGCUGGAGGGGCUGUCGAAGAAUCAAGUAAAUAGAAUUGGAGCUGCUAGAAGCACUAGUGGUGUGUCGUCGGUGACGUCACCGCCCUACAUUGAGCUCGGGCUGUGAGUUGUAGUGCGAGAUAGAUAGAGGCGCGCCGUAGUAAAGUACACAACUGCAAUGAACUUCUCAGUGUAACUUGGCUGUUUUAAGGCUGCUUGGCUAGAGGGAAAAUACAAAAUAAUUCGCGAUUCCUUUUUUCUACAGAAUAAAACGAAUCCCAGGGAGAUUUGGAUAAUUUGGUAUCCACUUUUUCGAAAACCAUGUCUUCCGCGGCUGUAGCUGCUUCGAGGAGGCAGUCAUGUUAUUUGUGUGACUUGCCCCGCAUGCCAUGGGCGAUGAUCUGGGAUUUUACCGAACCAGUUUGCAGGGGAUGUGUCAACUACGAGGGAGCCGACCGGAUUGAGUUUGUAAUUGAGACUGCCCGACAGCUGAAGAGGGCUCAUGGCUUCCAGGACGGGAGAUCUCCGGGGCCAGGCAAACCUCAACACUCGGGGAAGGAAAUUCAGUCCCACAACCAUUCGGCUGGAGACCCCGGCUCGCGUCCGCCUCAGCCUCUGGAUCGCUAUCCCCUCUCUGACCGGCCGCCAAGGUUGGGACCGGAGUACCAACCGGGGAGGCAAGUUAACGGCAUCCCUGUGCCAAAUGGAUUUCCAAAACCUGACGACCCACCGGAGCUGAACCGCCAGAGCCCUAACCCUCGCAGGACUAGCACGGUUCCUCCCAAUUUGGUGCCUUUAGUAAACGGAAACAUGGGCCCAGUACACGCACUCAAUGGUCGGCCCGCCCAAAUGGGUAUGCCGGGCGCGUUGAAUGCUCCUGGUCAAGGCGACCACGGCAAGCGCGGGGAGGAUAUGAAAGACAAGCAUAGACCGGAUAGCAUGUCGGACAUGUCGGAGAGCCACAAGCGGGCGGAGGAGUGGAUGGGUAAGGGUAAAACAGUGAGGGAUUUGAUGGCUCUCCACACAUUCGACAGCAGGUUCAAGAAAGACCAUGCGGCGAUGCAGCGCGUUAUGGGAUAUGAGACAAGUGCAACUUCUUCAAAACCAGGUAGGAUUGUGGAUUUUUUUCACACAGGAAUGCAUUCAUUUAGAAGACUAAAACAGGAACUGGGAGUGUUGAAAUUCUUAGUCAGCUACUUUGCCACUGUGUUGACGUGGGUUUUCAGCUGAAUGGUUGUUUAUGCAUGUUUACAUUUCCUCUAGUCUGAUCCCCAGCAGGCUACUGACCAUCUUACUUAUUUUUCCUCUGCAAAUUUGUUUUACAUAUGAAAGAAUACAACUUUGAGAGGAAUUUUUCAUUAUUUACGGUGCAUGAACAUUUGGUGCUGUGGUGGUUGGAGUGUUUGUUAACCCUGAACUCCUCUCUCUAACCCCCCUCCCCUCCUCCUCUUCCUUCUUCUCCAACAGACCGAGGGAAGCACCCGCGGAGCAUGAAGAGGAAAGCCUCCCCUGAGCCAGACGGCGAGGGCUCCGCCCCCAAGAUGAACGGCGGCGAGGGCCAGCCAUGGCUGCCGUCGCCCUCCGAGGUCCUCAAGAUGCCCCCGGCCUCCCUGCCAGGCUUCUCUGCCGCUCCACCCUCCACCAUCUCCCCUCACAGUCGCACCACCCCACCGGAGGCGGCCACGGCACAGAACGGCCAGUCGCCCAUGGCAGCACUCAUCCUCGCCGCUGACAAUGCCGGCAACACUAAUUCGCCAAAGGACGCCAACCAGGUGCAUUCCACCACGGCAGCGGGCCGGCGCAACAGCGGGAGCCCGCUGUCCCCGUCCUCUGCAGGCCAGCGGCGGCUGACCCAGAGGGAGGUGGUGGCCACGGCCCACUCGCAGGGCAUGGACCCUCACGGGGCGCCGCCGCAGAGCAUUCCAGACUCGUCGGUGCCGGGCAGCGUGCCACUGUGCUGCACCCUGUGCCACGAGAGGCUGGAGGACACGCACUUUGUCCAGUGCCCGUCGGUUCCCUCGCACAAGUUCUGCUUCCCCUGCUCCCGGGAGAGUAUCAAACAGCAGGGGGCCACGGGAGAGGUGUACUGCCCCAGCGGGGAGAAAUGCCCACUGGUGGGCUCCAACGUACCAUGGGCCUUCAUGCAGGGCGAAAUAGCCACCAUCUUGGCAGGGGACGUGAAAGUAAAAAAGGAGAGAGACCCUUGAUUUUACCUUGCGUUUUUUUUUUAACCCACCACAACAACAACAACAAACAAACAAAAACCAACAUGUACACCAUUACAAAUGAAUAUAAAUCCUCGUACCAUGCAUACCAUCCAAAAGAAACUGAUGGACAUGUACAUAUUGGACACAAGGGAAGUUGUAUACUUCGUAAACAUGGCUGUAUAAUUUUUUUUUUUUUUUUUGUUUUUCAAUACAUUGUGUUUCUAUAUUUUUUUGAAGAUAAAGGUAUGUACUCAUCAUAAUAGACUACUUUCCUCCUCCCCCUUUUUUCGAUGUCCUAUCGAUGUACUUUUAGUUCUGGUGGCAGUCCCUGUUAAACAUAGAAUGUGACUAACUAAUAUGACUCUACGAGCACUUGGCAAACUGAAAUGCUUCUAGCUGUACUUGUAUGCACUUGUUUAAAAAAACUUGCCAAAUACAAUUUCUGACCUUGUAAUAAUAA